CUUUUUACCGCGUACACAGAGCCGGGAAGCCUCCGGCGAGCAACAGGCAGUGCAGAGCGAGGGUCCAGCGCACGGUUACAAACCCGGCAUCGCUGAGAGCGGCGACGUGUGGCUGACAAAGAUGAACCCGUUGAGGAGCUCCAUCAAGCUGGGACUGUCGGCCAGCGUCGGGAACUUCGGGACGGGGGGGGACGGCAACUUGGGGGAUCGCUCCCCCCGCCCUCACCCCCAGGGCUUCGGGGAGGGGGAGGGAGCCCGGCGGAUGGUGAAGUCGGAGUCCGAGGACUCCGGGGUGGAGCUGACCAGCUGCGAUACCGUCUGCCCCUCGCCCGGCUCCUCCGAACGCAGCUUCUCCCUGGAUUCUCCCGCUUCCCGGCACAAGCUGGAGAGCGCACUGCGGAGGACCUUGUCGUGGCAACCGCCCGGGACGGAGGCGGAGGCGGAGGCGGAGACGGAGACGAGGGGAAGUGCGGAGACCGAGCCGGAGAGGAUUCCCAAAUUCCGGUCAGGCGACGCGGAGAAGGGGAAGGAGGCAGAGGGAGAGGCGGAGGAGGGAGACGAGGAGGUGGAUUGGCUGAGGCUCAGAAGAUGCUGGACUGCAGACAGCACCAGGGCUUGUUCACAGGAAAGGCGGAGGAAGGACUCGCGGAGGGACACGGGCCAGGGGCUGGGUUACCUGCGACAGGUGUGUCGUCUGCUGGAGAUGAUCGGUCAACUCCAGGAAAACAACCUUCUCCUGAGGAGACAGAAAGAGGAGGCAGAGGAACAACUGAGACAGAACCAGGAUUUGCUGUUGACGAUUUCUUGCUGUGGUCAGUUCCCGCCGACAUUAACCCAGGCCCGACAUCCCGUCAUCUCUUCCCAACCUCCAUCCCACCACCCCGUCCGGCUUUCCCCUCGUCAGUUCCGUCGGCAAAGGUCCUCGUCCGUCCCCAACAUCUUGCUGGAAGUUUCCGGAAGCCGUCCCGAAGAACCGAGAGAGAACGGGGAUGGUGAGCUUCUGCCUUCUGAGCAAAUCGACGGGUCACCUGCAGACGAGGAAAUGGACUGCCCACCAGAUGAGACUGACCGGCCGGCUCCGAGCUCCCGCUCACCAAAGUCAGCAAAGGCCACUCGGCCUGACUGGGGCAGAGUGAAGGAGCUCGUCAACAGACUGAAGCCACGGCAAGGACGAGCACGCAGCCUGGUGGCCAGAUUGAGAGGCAACUCACAGCACAACAACAGCUGAAAUGCCUGGACUUUGAGGCUGAGGUGCGAAGCUUCGAAGGGGGGAGUCAGAGAGAUAGAGAGAAGGACGGAUUUUCCCCACCGGACGAACUGUGGUCGGAGGAGACGACGAGGAGGGAAUUUUUUUCCCCCUGAAAUUCCCGAGAGGAGAGAAGAGACUGCGAAGGGGGUCGGGGACCGGGGAAGAGGGAGCGGGAAGUGUUUUGGAGAGAGAGCUGUGUUUACGAAGUUCGCUGUGUAAAUGUCGUCGUCGUCGUCGUCGUUGUCGUCGAUUUCUCCUGUGGAGGUUGAGGGCGCGAGGCGUGUGGAGGCGGCGCUGGGACACGUCGCUGCCAGCGCACACGCAAAUGCACACGCCGUGCACACGCCAGCCUUUGUUAUUCAAAGCUCGAAUCCCAAGUGCUCUCCUGGUGCGCACAGGAAUUGUGAUGUGGGCGAGAGCAAGCGCGGCACAGGGACUGUGUGUUGAGUGCGCGCGUGUGCCCGCGUGUGCAUGUGAG